AUGCUUCUGUUUCUUUACAUUCUCCUGUGUUUCUUUCAGCUUCAAGCAAAGGUGGGAAACACUCCUUGCCGAAUGAUGGGAGAACCUAAGCACCCUCUGCUUUUCAAGGAUGGAGACGUAACUAUUGGGGCACUUUUUCCAGUACACAGCAUAGAGACAUUAUCUUCAUUCAAGUUUACACAAAAACCUCAGUUUCUAUCAUGCUCCAGUGUGAAUCUGAGAGAUUUUCGGCUAGCUCAAAUCAUGAUUUUUGCCAUUGAAGAGAUUAACAGAAGUGAAAGUUUGCUCCCAAAUGUUUCUAUUGGCUACAGAAUUUAUGAUACCUGUAGUUCAAGAAUGUCUUCUAUGAGUGCAACUGUCGGACUAAUGAAUGGUCUAGAGAUUGAAGCAGGGGACACAUGCAGUGUACAGUCUCCUAUACAUGCUAUCAUAGGAGAAACAGAGUCUUCUGCCACCGUGAUUUUGUCCAGAACUACAGGACCUUUUAAAAUUCCAGUGAUAAGUCAUGCGGCCUCCUGUGAGUGUCUUAGUAAUAGAAAAGACUACCCCUCAUUCUUCAGGACUAUUUCUAGUGAUUACCACCAAGGCAGAGCACUUGCAUACAUAGUCAAGCACUUAGGCUGGUCUUGGGUGGGAGCUGUGAACAGUGACAAUGAUUAUGGAAACAAUGGAAUGGCCAUAUUUCUUAAUACAGCUCAGAAGGAAGGUAUCUGUGUGGAGUACUCUGUGAAAUUCUACAGAACAGAGCCUGAAAAACUAAAAAAAGUGGUAGACACAAUAAAAAAAGGUACCGUAAAAGUGAUUGUUGCAUUCAUUUCAUUUCUUGAGAUGGGUUUAUUAACUGAACAGCUAAGUAUUCAGAACAUAACGGGCCUCCAAAUGGUCGGUGUGGAGGCAUGGAUAACUUCAAAGUCUUUGAUCACUCCAACAACCUUUCGUGUGCUGGGAGGCUCACUGGGGUUUGCAAUGAGAAAAAUCAAUAUUGAAGGUUUUGCCGAUUAUGUUAUAAAAGCAUUCUGGGACACAGCUUUUCCAUGCUCACAUGGUCAAGGAAAUGAUUCUCAGAUCAAAGUAAAUUGCAGCAGCUAUCAGGAUCUGCUUGUGCUGAAAAAUUACAAUGAAGAUGUGCCUGAACACAGAUUUUCAAGCAACGCCUACAAAGCAGUUUAUGCUGUGGCUCAUUCACUACACAGUCUACUCAAGUGCAAAACACAAGAAGGCUGUGAGAACGGCCUGAAAAUACAACCACAGCAGGUGGUUGAGGCUCUGAAAAAGGUCAAUUUCACUGUAAAGUUUGGAGAUCAUGUGUGGUUUGACAGCAGUGGUGCCACAGUAGCCCAAUAUGAAGUUGUGAACUGGCAGCAGGAUUUUGAUGGAUCAGUCCAAUUUAAACCAGUGGGAUACUAUGAUGCCUCACUGCCUCCUGACCAGCGCUUUGUGGUUAACACUGAAAACAUACUUUGGGCUGGAGGACAGCUGGAGAAGCCGAGGUCUGUGUGCAGUGAGAGCUGUCCUCCAGGCACUAGGAAGGCUGCACAGAAAGGAAGACCUGUCUGCUGUUAUGACUGUAUUCCAUGUGCAGAAGGAGAAAUCAGUAAUGAGACAGAUUCAAAUAACUGCAGGCAGUGUCCAGGGGAAUACUGGUCUAAUGCUGAGAAAGAUACAUGUGUGUUAAAGACUUUAGAGUUCCUCUCAUUCACAGAAGUUAUGGGUAUAGUGCUAGUCUUUUUUUCACUGUUUGGAGCAGGAUUAACUCUGCUGGUGGCCAUCGUGUUUUACAGCAAGAAGGACACCCCCAUAGUAAAAGCCAACAACUCAGAGCUGAGCUUCCUGCUGCUCUUCUCAUUGACUCUGUGUUUCCUCUGUUCACUUACAUUCAUUGGUCGGCCCACUGAGUGGUCCUGUAUGUUGCGUCACACAGUAUUUGGGAUCACUUUUGUCCUCUGUAUCUCCUGUGUUCUGGGGAAAACGAUAGUGGUGUUAAUGGCCUUCAAGGCUACACUUCCAGGAAGUAAUAUCAUGAAAUGGUUUGGGCCUGCACAACAACGACUCAGUGUUCUUGCCUUUACACUUAUACAGGUUCUUAUCUGUGUUCUUUGGCUUACAAUAUCUCCUCCAUUUCCCUCCAAAAAUAUGAAAUAUUAUAACGAAAGAAUCAUUCUUGAAUGCAGUCUGGGUUCUACUAUAGGUUUCUGGGCUGUGUUGGGUUAUAUUGGCCUACUGGCUGUCUUGUGCUUCAUUCUGUCUUUUCUGGCUCGUAAGCUGCCUGAUAACUUUAAUGAAGCCAAAUUCAUCACAUUCAGUAUGCUCAUAUUCUGUGCUGUAUGGAUCACAUUUGUUCCAGCAUAUGUCAGCUCUCCAGGGAAAUUUACUGUAGCCGUCGAGAUAUUUGCCAUUUUAGCUUCAAGCUUUGGUCUUAUUCUCUGUAUUUUUGCUCCUAAGUGUUUUAUCAUCCUACUAAAGCCUGAACAAAAUACAAAGCAACACAUGAUGGGAAAAACAACAUCUAAGUUUUAUUGA